GGGCCCGGCGCUCGGGCCGCGCGGAGCCGCGGGGCCGACCGCCAGAACAGCCUCCGCCGCGCCGCCAGCGGCCUCUACCAGGGCGUCAGCGGCCUCUUCGGCGAGGACAACGUGCGGGCCCUGCAGAAGUUUUUCUCAAGGUUGACAGAGAGGUUUGUGAAUGGGGUGGAUGUAUUAAUGGACACAUUCUGGAGAAUAUGGACUGAUUUGUUAGAUGUUCUUGGAAUUGAUGCCUCCAACCUGACUCAUUAUUUCAGCCCGGCAGCGAUUGCCAACAACCCGACCCGCGCCCUCCUGCUGAUCGGUGCCAUUUUACUGGCCUACUGGUUUUUGUCUCUCUUCCUUGGAUUCUUCUUCUAUCUCCUGCACAUGCUGUUUGGCCGCUUCUUCUGGAUCGCCAGGGUGGCCCUGUUCACCCUGUCCUGCGUGUACAUCCUGCAGAAGUACGAGGGUGACCCCGAGCACGCCGUGCUGCCCCUCUGCUUCGUCGUGGCCGUCUACUUCAUGACGGGGCCCGUUGGGUUUUACUGGAGGAGGAACAGCAACAGCAGCCUGGAGGAGAAGAUGGACCACCUGGAUAGUCAGAUCAGGCUGCUGAACAUCCGCCUUUCCAGGGUGAUUGAGAACCUGGACAGGGGCGCUGAGCAAUGAGCCCGCCCCUGCUGACCACUGUACACCAGCUCUGGAAAAAUCCUAAGCACUGUCUCAUCCCAAGUGAAGAAGCAACAAAACAUCACAUGGUAAAAAGUGUGCAAGGUUAUAACUUUUCAUCGUGUCUAAGACUAAUUUAUCUAGGUUAAACACUCAGCCGUUAGACUUCUAGGAGAAAGAAAAAACAUUUACAAAAUUCAGCUGUAUAUUCAGAGUUUUAUCCAGUACUAGAAUUUUCUCAGUAGAUAAACGCUUACUUUUACAAGCAUUUAAAAACAUCUUUUGUAAAGUUUUUAUAAGAGCAAAUUGAGUAGUCUUUCAGAUAUUGAAAUUGAGUUAAACAUAUGCAAAUUUGACACUUUAACAGUUAAAAAGAAAAAAAAAAAAAUCUCAAGCUACCAAGCACUUCCAUUGAGAAGUAACUGCUGUGGGUCCAUAUUUUUUCUUCAGAGUUGUGAAUGUUUUUGUGUUUUUGUUGGCUUAUUUCGUUGCCUUGAAGUUGCCUUUCAUAGAGUAUCAGAUGAGGAAUUUUCUGGUAUCCAGGCCAAAAAAUUCACACCAUAGCUUUUAACAGGAGGUGGGGAAUGAGGGAGAAGGAAGAUCUGAAGUCCUUAAAUGCCAGUCCAAUGUGAGGAAGCACACGUGUGGCAUUUUAUCAUUGCAUUUCAUCCCGAGAACUUUAAUUCGUUAGCGUCUGGAAGGAAAUCUGCUUUAAUAAAUUGGCACAGAAGGAAGAUGCAGCGUGACAAAUUGUAAUUCAUAUUUGAUCUGCACAGUGAAGCAUUUUCCAAGCUUAAAGUGCAUAGAGUUUUUAAUCUCAGGACCCACGUACCUUCUCAGAAAAGGCAGCAGUUAAAACACGUGCAAAUCUAUUGUUGCUUAAAGCUUUCUCAGGACCAAUCAGCGGCAAUAAAUUACCUUCAGGAAGAUCUGGAUUUUUUUCUAAAAUUACAAUAGUUUUAUAGGAGCUUUUUGCUUGAAGUCUAUGUCCUCUUUAGGUUUCGGGGAAAAGCGAGUCACCUUUAAGAGGAGGGUGUAGGAAACGGUUCUCUUUCAAAGCAGUGGAGCUUUGGAGCAAUUUUAUUUCGCAGGAUUUCUGUGUUUCUUACAACUAACGAGCUUGGUAGGCAUCACUGGCUGUGCUGGUUUACUGAAGCAAAGGGAACCUCAGGGAAGGGAGCCUGGAAUGUGGUUUCACCUGGAAACAGCAGCAUCCAAGGACGCAGAUGUGAGGAGGGAGGGGAAGCACCUGCCCCUAGUGAUGAGCACAGUUCUGAUACCACCAGGGGUAGGAUGGAGCACAGCUGGAGCAUUCCAUAUCCCAUAGGGUCCAAAAGAACAACUGCAUCAAAAAGCGCAACAAAAAUUGGUCUGGGGUGGGGUCUGGCUGCAAAGCAAGGGAACCAGGAGGAGGAGGAGGAAGAGGAGGAGGAGGAGGUUCCCCAGGUGUGCCUGCCAGUGCCAGCUCCAGUGGGCUGAGCACAGCUUGUUCUUCCACUGAGCAAAGCUUCUGGCUGUGAUGCUGAACUGAAUGUAACCCUGGGGCGAAUUUCUUUUUCUCUUUCUGCUGAAGUUUAGUGUUCUUCUUGAAACGUGUGUGUUACUUGCCUGACCUCUUUGGGUCUGUGUGUGGCAUUUCCACGGGGGUUAUUUUUAAAUCCAUGUCAAUGGCCUUUACUCCUGGUGAUCACUUUGGUUCAACAAGGUUGAAGUUCAUAUGCACUUGGCACGGUUGGAAUGCAUUUUAAUUUUUUGUGUCACCUGUAAAUCCCCCUGCACCCCAUUUAUUAACAAGUACAUGGUUUAGAGUUGUUAAAGAACUGGUUAUCACAACUUAGAAUCUUUCCUGUGAUCAGAUAGGGACUAUGGCAACAAAUAGUCCAUUUUGUCAAGCUGAAAAUGUGAAUUGCAGUAAAUACCUUUUUUCAGUUAAUUUUCCAUAGCAUUACAGAGUCUUCCCUGUAGACUCAGUUCUCACUACUCUUGUGCACAGAGGACUGGGCUAAAACACCAACCUGGAAAUUAGGAAUUGACUAGUAAAGCUUGUCAGGUCUUGAUGUGUUUUGCCAAAUUUGAGACCCGAGGACCAAAGUUUGCAAACCUCGUGUCAGUGGCUCCAUGGCCUUCUUAGGACAAUGUGCAUGGGUCAGUUUGCAUAGAUUGUAUUUUGUGUAAUCCAUAUUUAACUUUAAAGUCAAAAAUACUGAACAUUUAUAUAUUAAGAGUUGUCUAUGAUAAAGAUUUCUUUGAAAGUAUUACAUAAAAGUUAAUUUGGAUUAUAGUUUCUCCCUGUCUCACUCUAAUAAUUUAUGUUACUUUUGUAAAAUCAGCCCUCCUGUAUUAAUACUCUUUAUUUCAAUCACCCUGCUGCUUGAAAAAUGGUAUUUUUAUAUUUACUUGCAUCCCAUGUAUAGCAAAAUAUUAUGUGAAAAGCAGUAUAUAUAAAAUUGGGUAUUUUUAAUCAGUAUUUUUCCCAGCACUCAGUUUUCACGUUAGUCAAAUUCAGAAGUAAUGAUUUUUUUAAAGCACAAUCUAAUCUUCAAUAUAUAUAUAUAAAUAUAUAUAUAUAAAUAUAUACUUUAAAAAUGCUCUGUAUUUUUAAACAUGCACUGUAGUGAAAGCGCUUUUGGGGACAUGAAUGUGGUAUUGUAUUUAAUCUCUUUCAACUUUUGUAAAUACCUUUUACAAGUGUUUUCCAUACUGGGCCAUCUAGUUUAUCCAUGGAGGUUUUUGCUGUUUUUUAGAAACCCGUGCCAGUGGCUGCACUGCUUUUGUGUCCCACAGAGCAUCUCAGACAGGCAGGGCUCUGUGUCACCUGUGAGCCUGGCAGGUGACACCUGCAGGGGUGGCAGUGUGACAAACCUCAGCAGUGACACCUGCAGGAAUGGCACUGUGGGAAUCCUCAGCAGUGACACCUGCAGGGGUGGCAGUGUGACACCUGCAGGGGUGGCACUGUGGGAAUCCUCAGCAGUGACACCUGCAGGGGUGGCACUGUGGGAAUCCUCAGCAGUGACACCUGCAGGGGUGGCACUGGGACAGCCCUCAGCCCAGGGCAGGGAUGGCACGGGACUAUCCUGGUAGCUUUGGCUUUUUGCCGUGACUUCAUGGAGCUGUGCCACAGCCACACCUGCUGGGAGCCGCUGCAGGGGCACAGGUGACACAGGGACAGCCCCAGCUGGCUGCUCCUGCAGGACAGAUCCUGCUCCUGGGCCUUGCUGCUGGAGAUCCCAUCCCUGUGUGGGCAGCUGGCACAGGCGCCGAGGAUGGCUCUGCCUCACCGGCCUUCCCCUGCCUGCUCUGGGACCAGCUUUGCAAUCCUGCAGGGUUCUUCCUGCUCUUGAGGCUUUUACCUGCCUGCUCUGGGGCCCAGCCUUUGAAUCCUGCAGUGUUUUUCCCAUUCUUGAAUGUUUUCACCUGCCUGCUCUGGGACCCAGCCUCUGGAACCCUGCAGGGUCUUGAAGGUUUUCCCCUGCUUGCUAUAGGACUCAGUCUUUGCAAUCCUGCAGUGUUUUUCCCAUUUCUGAAUGUUUUCACCUGCCUGCUGUGGCACCCAGCCUUUGAAUCCUGCAGUGUUUUUCCCAAUUUUGAAUGUUUUCAGCUGCCUGCUCUGGGACCCAGCCUUUGAAUCCUGCAGUGUUUUCCCCAUUUUUGGAUGUUUUCAGCUGCCUGCUCUGGGACCCAGCCUUUGAAUCCUGCAGUGUUUUCCCCAUUUUUGGAUGUUUUCAGCUGCCUGCUCUGGGACCCAGCCUUUGAAUCCUGCAGUGUUUUCCCCAUUUUUGGAUGUUUUCAGCUGCCUGCUCUGGGACCCAGCCUUUGAAUCCUGCAGUGUUUUCCCCAUUUUUGGAUGUUUUCAGCUGCCUGCUCUGGGACCCAGCCUUUGAAUCCUGCAGUGUUUUCCCCAUUUUUGGAUGUUUUCAGCUGCCUGCUCUGGGACCCAGCCUUUGAAUCCUGCAGUGUUUUCCCCAUUUUUGGAUGUUUUCAGCUGCCUGCUCUGGGACCCAGCCUUUGAAUCCUGCAGUGUUUUCCCCAUUUUUGGAUGUUUUCAGCUGCCUGCUCUGGGACCCAGCCUUUGAAUCCUGCAGUGUUUUCCCCAUUUUUGGAUGUUUUCAGCUGCCUGCUCUGGGACCCAGCCUUUGAAUCCUGCAGUGUUUUCCCCAUUUUUGGAUGUUUUCAGCUGCCUGCUCUGGGACCCAGCCUUUGAAUCCUGCAGUGUUUUCCCCAUUUUUGGAUGUUUUCAGCUGCCUGCUCUGGGACCCAGCCUUUGAAUCCUGCAGUGUUUUCCCCAUUUUUGGAUGUUUUCAGCUGCCUGCUCUGGGACCCAGCCUUUGAAUCCUGCAGUGUUUUUCCCAUUUUUGAGGGUUUUCACCUGCCUGCUCUGGGACCCAGCCUCUGGAACCCUGCAGGGUCUUGAAGGUUUUCCCCUGCCUGCUUUAGGACUCAGUCUUUGCAAUCCUGCAGUGUUUUUCCCAUUUUGGAUGUUUUCAGCUGCCUGCUGUGGCACCCAGCCGCUGGGACCCCGCGGUGCUGUCCCCGCUGGGGCAGGGGGCUCCUCUGGACGCACACAGCUGCGGGUGCCCGCCGUGUCCUGUGGGAUGUGCCUCUUUCCCAGCGGUUUGGGGUGUCGGGGUGCAGUGCCCAAACCUGCUGUGGCUCCGUGCUGUGCUUCUGGCGCGUCCUUCACUCCGUGCUUUGCUUCUCCAGACUCGUUGCGUCGUCGGUGUGGAAAAUAGACCAGUGUCGACCUUAGCUCUUCGGUGGUGUGGAAGUGUUUGAGUGUGGUUUGCCUCACCUACUGAUCUGUAUUUGGCAGCUAAUGGCGUUCAGUGACCACGAGUUCUCUUUGUCUGGGUUGGAAAAUAAAAGGUUUUAUUGUAUCCGCAUGUAUUUUAAACUUUUUUGGGUAAUUCCGUCGACCUGUGAUGACAGCACAUGUAAAAACCGAUCUUUUCCUUUUAUUCAGAAGUUCUAUUUGCUGUGGUAGCACUUGUUGUUGGCACUGAUGGUGGUGAUUUCACAUCCUGUUUUGUACAUCGGGUUUCAUGAUUACAGUGUUUAGGUUUGUACAAUUGUUUGUGUAAAAAUGAUUUGGUCUGAAGAGAUGCUGUGAGUUCACUUCUGAUCCUAGACACGUACGAGAUCCUACUGGUAAUACUGUUUAGUAGUUACAACUGUACCAGACUUAUUUUUUACAGAGCUUCACAUGCCUUUAUUUAUUCCUUUAUCGGACCAUCCAAACCAUGUACUCCGUAGCUCAGUAUUUGUAGACCAGUUUCACAAAUCAACCUGAGGUAUUGUGGCAAAGCUUCGAAUAAAUGUUUACUGAGACUUUG